CCUCGGUCAAGAUGGCGGCAUCGGACAAUGUAAUAGUUAUAGAAAAUGACGGCCAUUUUCAGUCGGAAAUGGCGAAAGCUGGCGCCAAACUGGUAGUUGUAGACUUUACAGCAUCUUGGUGUGGCCCUUGUAAAUCAAUUGCUCCAACUUUUUCAAAUUAUAGUACUAAGUAUACAGCAGCAGUUUUUUUGAAAGUUGAUGUGGACAAAUGUGAUGACAUAGCAGCCAGGCUCAAGGUGACUUCCAUGCCCACAUUCCAGUUUUUUAAGGGCAAAGUGAAGGUGGAUGAAAUGUCAGGAGCUGAUCCUAAGAAACUGGAGGAAAAAAUAAUUCAAUGGAUUGGAGAUAGUGAUAGUGAGGCUGGAGUUAAGGGAUAUAUGGAUUUAGGAAUAUUUAUUAACAAGAGUGGAUGUGAAUGUUUAAAUGAAAGUGAUGACCACCAUCUGUCAGCUGCUCUGGCAAAGGGACCUGACUUCUUAGAAAGUGACUGUGAUGAACAGUUACUUAUAACGAUAGCUUUCAAUCAGACUAUCAAGCUACACUCACUCAAGAUUCAAGGACCAGGAAAUGGUAGAGGACCAAAGACAGUCAAGUUGUUCAUUAACCACACAAAAAGCAUGGAUUUUGACUCAGCAGAGAGCUUUGAAGCACUGCAAACUCUUGAGUUAACACCAGAAGAUUUAACAGAGGAUGCAAUCAUUCCACUGAAGUUUGUCAAAUUUCAAAAUGUCCAAAGCCUUACGUUAUUUUUUCAAAACAACCAAGGCAAUGAAGAAACAACUGUUGUGGAGUAUAUUGGAUUUAUUGGCAGCCCUCUGGAUUCAACCAAUAUGGAGGAAUUUAAAAGGGUGGCUGGUAAAAAAGGUGACAGGCACUAACUCUGCACCAGUGCACUUUUUACCUGAAUGCUUCAGCAAAUGCCCAUCUGGAUGUGCUUGUCUGUGCAAUUCUCAAGUAGAAUAAUUAGAUACCCUUUUGUGAAAUUCUCUCAUAAGCCAUCAGUAAUCUCGUGUCACAGAAUAUUCAAAGUCUCAAAGGAAACUUAUUCAAAUUCAUUGAUUGCUGGUGCAGAUGGUUAAUUGGAAAUUGCUUUCAAAGAAACUCUUUGCCAUUAAAAUAUUACAUAUA